AUGAGACGGUUUCUAACCGUUUUUUUGAAGGAAGCAGGAAUAAGAAGAAGUCUUGUCUUACCGUGGAAUUCAUCGCUUCCACCGAAAGAAGAUUCUCGUUGGGAAGGUGUGGGUAAGUCAGUUAUUAAUCAAGCAUUGUCUUCGGAUACUGGACGAUUUGCAUUUGAAGAAUGUGGUAUUGCACGGCAACAAUUAGAAAUAUUAAUUCAGUCUGCAGGAUAUGAUGCUAAUGUGUAUGUAUUUGGAGGUUUGGUGGUUUUGGGAUUAUUAGAAGUUGGAGGAGAUGUGGAUUUUGUAGGGGUUGCAGAUGUUGAACCUGGAUUUGAAGAAGCUGGAGAAAUUGUUUCGCGUUUAUCAAGAGAAAUGCGACGACUUGGUAUGAAAAGUAAUGCUUUACCAAGGGCUCGAGUUCCUGUUAUAAAGGUUGAUCGAGUCAGUAAAUCUCUUCCUGGUACUCCACUUCAUCAUUUGGCAGCAUGUGGAUUGUUUCAAUUUACACGGCAAUUAAAUAAUGAUGAAACAGUUGCUUUCAGUAAAAGGAUGCAAGAGAAUUAUGGAGCUACCAGUGUUGAUUGGAAUAAUACUCAACAAUUUGCAACAAUUGAAUUUAAUAGUACUUCUGAUCUUAUUGUUGCAUUAACACAAGUAAAACGUCAUGAAGGAGUUGAUAUUCCUCUUCGUUUACCUGUUGAUUCACGUAAUGGACCAGAACUUUAUAGGUUACCUUUUGAUUUUUGUUUUUCUUCUAUUGGUUUAAGAAAUUCAUAUUUAUUACGUGAUGCUCUUUCACAUUAUGAAUUUUCUAGACAUCUUUUGCUUUUGUUAAAAAAAUGGGGUCGUUCAAGUGGGGUUAUAAACUCGAUUGAUGGACUUUUGGCAAGUUAUGCAAUAACUGUUAUGUGUGUCCAUUUUUUAAUAAAGGUGGGUAUUCUACCUAGAGUAUCGACACUACGCUCAGCAGAUGAGCCUCAACUUCUUCCAUUUUUUCCAGAAUAUCGUGCCCUUCAUGAUGGUAAAGGUUGUGAUAUUGCAGAACUUGGAUUUUUAACAGCAGCUUUUUUUGAAUAUUAUGGUCACAUUUUCGAUUAUGAAAAAAAUGUUGUAUGUACAACUAAUAUGAACCUUCUAAAGAAAACGAUGCGUUGGGAAAAGUCUCCUGGAUUAGAGAGUGGUCGUCCUCCUUUUUUUGAAUUUGCUAUCAAAGAUCCUUAUGGUCUUGAUAAUAUUGGAAGAAAUCUUGAUCGAGAGUCUACAUAUUACGUUAAAGAAGCUCAUGUUGCCGCUUUAAAAACCUUACUUGAGGAACGUAACGAUCCUGAGUUUAUUAUCAAUACUAUUACACAAUCUCCUCCACGACCACAGAGGAGACAUCGUACAUUAGCUUCAAGAGGUAUAGCUUCUACAACUUUCCCUUCUGACCAACUGGAGGCCCGUCAUAUGCUUAAGAAAAUGGAGUUUCAUGAACGCCGAAAAUCAAUGGAAAGGUUUGGUCAACGAACUGCAAAACGUACAGAACAACAACGUGUUGUAUCAACUGUAACUAAAGAUGUCCUUGGAUGGAUACGUAGCGAUGAAAAUUAG